AUGGGUUCGCAGCCUUCCAAAUCGGUAGAGACGAAAGUCUUCACGCCAAAAACCCAAGUCGAUUUCAGCUCGACGCUUCUUGCCCAGCUAGAACAGUCAAACGAGGCCGAUUAUGCCAGACAACAACUGGCAAGCAAAUACCUUGAACAGAGAGUCUCAGAGCGUUUGACACAAUUGGAAGAAGAAACGCUGAAAAAAUUCGAGGACAAGCUCAACACCUCCUUGCUUUCGGACAACAACCAGUCCAACCAAGAAGUUUCUUCCCAGGCUUUGAGCGACAAAAUCUCCCAUCUCAACGAGCGUCUGAGCAAGAUCAAAGAAAAUCAGGCCAAGAAAUUGGCGAACAAGGAUCUCAAACAGAGCAAAGAGACUCUUGCCAAAUGUUUACGAGACAACGAAGGCCAGCCGCUAAACUGUUUUGAGGAGGUGCAAAAUUUCAAAAAAUUAGCUCUAGGUCAAUGA